AAUGAUUUUUUUGUUUGUGUUGGUAGGCUUGCAAUCUUAUCUGAAACUGAUGAAACAUACAAGUUCAUUGCAAUUUGCCAACAAAUGCGAGUUUUCUUUAAAUUUUAGUUUAAUUUAGAUCUUUUAUGUAAAAAUUAAUUAUGGUUUACGUAACAGGAGGGCAACUUAAGGAAUCUCCCCCAUGGAGCUUGGAGCGCCUCGUCUCACUAUUUUGGGGUAUCAUCGCUUUCUUCAUUAUGUUUUUUAAAACGCUGGUUGGAGUUGACGAUAAAUCGCGAAACGGAAGAAGUGGUGGUCCUGGUGGAGGACCUGGAGGUGGUCCCAAGCGGAUUGGUCGCGUAACAACCAUAGACGAUUGUUCAAUGCCUGGCGGCGGAUGAUCACGGUAAACCUCUCCUAUUAAAGGAGAGCAUCACUUACCAUUUACCAUUCUCGAUGGUUGCUGGAUUUAAUUGCAUGACGCUUAAUCUAUAAACCUUAACCAAGGGGGGAUAGGGCCGAAGUAAAUCCUAAUACUGUCGAGAUGGUAGUAUCUUUAUUUUUGUUAUAAUUAGUACAUUGUUGGAACUGUAAUACUGUAAUAAACUUUUAACGUUUAAA